AACAGAAUGAACAGGAACACAUAAUGCCCGCCAAUUUUGACACUAAAUCUGGCGGAAAAAAAAAGGCAGACAUAAUUCAACAAUUUAGGUCUCUUAGUUAUAACUAAGCAAAUUAAAAAGGCCUUCAAAUAGCAGUCAUCUCUUCACAGAACCCAGAAUUUUGAGAGCAAAGCGAUAGAAAACAAGAGCGCCAUUUCUGUUUUCUCUCUGUCGAGAGAUUUCUGCAGUCUGAGAGAGAUCUUGUGCGAUCUUUUCGGAAGCUUGUGAUCAUGGCGUUACCGGACACAAUUCGUACAAUCCUCGGCAUUAUUGGAAAUGUGACCUCUCUGUUUCUCUUCCUUUCUCCAGUGUCGACGUUUUACAAGGUCUGGAAAUGGAAGUCGACGAGGCAAUUUUCCGGCGUGCCAUAUGUCGCGACACUGGCGAAUUGUUUGCUCUGGGUUUUGUACGGAAUUCCAGUCGUUCACCCUCACAGCAUUCUCGUCAUUACGAUUAACGGAACGGGAGUUGUUCUUGAAUUUUUCUACCUUUCAAUGUUCAUUCUCUAUUCCCCCAAAAAUGACAAGCUUAAAGUGGUGAAGGCACUUGGAGCGGUGCUCAUUUUGUUUGCCGGGGUUGCUGUUCUAACAUUGACGGUUUUUCACAGUCAUGAGAAAAGAUCAUUAUUUGUUGGACUUUUAGCUGUGGUGUUCUGCACGGGCAUGUAUGCAGCCCCUUUGUCUGUCAUGAAGCUUGUGAUUAAAACAAAGAGCGUGAAGUACAUGCCCCUUUCUUUGUCUCUUGCUGGAUUGGCUAAUGGCAUAGUUUGGACAGCUUAUGCUCUCAUUCGUUUUGACAUAUUUGUUACUAUUCCUAAUGGAAUAGGAUCUUUACUUGGUAUAGCACAAUUGAUUUUAUAUGGAUUAUAUUACAAAACAACAAAUUGGGAUGAAGAAGAGGAUGACGAGGAUGACGAUAAAGUGAAGUCCGUGAAAGCGGAGAUGGGUAAUAUAAAUAAGCAGCGUGUCUUUGGGGAGGGAGAAAACUAUUUCAAUGGGCACCCUGUGUAAAUUAUUUUCUUUUAUAUUAGAAAUUGUAAGAUAGGUUUUGGAGUUAGGCAUGUUUGUUUCUUCUAAGCCGAUUUGUACUAAUUUAAUCAUGAUAUUCCAUCGGUAUAUAAUCUUGUGUUUUGAUUGGUAAUUCAAUCAUGGUGGAAAUGUCAAUUGUUAAUUUCUUUUGAAUUGUUUUAUAAUGAGAAACAAUUAAUGGUUAUGAUA